CAUCCCUAGGGAACGUGAACACGUCAGUUUUUAGUUUAUAAUAUUUAUAAGCGAAAAGUUCAGUCGCGAUUCCAAACUAGCAGUGGCAGCGAUGUCCAUGUCCACAGGGACCACCAGUGCUCUCCAUAUCAUUUAAAAAACUAAAAAUACACAGCUGACAGAGUCAGAGUUAACAAAAUAAAACAGCAGACGGUGCGGAAAGUUGACCAAAAACGGACGCAAAAUCCAUAAUAGCCGCGUUAUAGAGAAGGCCGCCAGUAGAAGAGGGGGCGGUGUGCAACCGUAGAGAUUAGCAGCUGCCACGCCAAACAGAUCUGACGUGCGUGUCGAUUCGGAAACAACUCCAAAUCACGCCCACACUGGUUUUGUGGGGCCAUCCAAGUACACGUAGCCCAUCAUCAUGGCCUUGCCAUUGAGCGACCUUCUCAUGGUCGGCGGCGGCGAAAAGAAACUGGCCGCCUGCCUGCUGCUUCUUCUCCUAGAGCUCUUCCUGGAAGGCGCCGAGUCGGCGGCGAGUCCGGCGGAUAUUGAGAAUCAUCUGGAGCUGGGCAAGGAGUUCCUGGCCCGCGGACAGCUGUCGGAUGCACUGACGCACUACCAUGCUGCUGUUGAGGGUGAUGCCAACAACUACCUGACGCUUUUCAAGCGUGGCACCGUCUAUUUGGCGCUGGGCAAGACGCGCUUCGCCGUCCAGGACUUCAGUAGGGUCCUUGAGUUGAAGCCCGAUUUCACGGCCGCCCGUAUACAGCGGGGUGUAGUGCACAUGAAGAGUGGCGAGUACGAGCAAGCGAUCUUGGACUUUGAGCAAGUGCUUCACGAGGAACCCAACAACGGGCUGGUGCUGGAGCACUACUCCCGCUUGGCACCCGCCCAAGAGCAAUGGCAGCUAGUGCAGCAGUUGAUUGGGCAUAGGGACCACCAAAACGCCAUUUCCAUGAUCACACAGCUGCUGGAGAUCUCGCCAUGGGCAGUGCCCUUCCGGCAGGCUCGUUCAGAUGCUUACAUUGCAGUCAACGAUCCACUGUCCGCCAUUUCAGACUUGCGACAGGUGAAUCGACUCACCCAGGACAGUACUGAGGGUCAUUACAACAUCGCCCAACUGCUGUACACCAUUGGACAUGCCACGAAUGCCUUGAAGGAGAUCCGCGAGUGCCUAAAGUUUGAUCCGGAGCACAAACUCUGUUUCCCCUUCUACAAAAAGCUGCGAAAGGUGGAAAAGCAGUUGGUGAACGCAGAGCAGGCGCGCGAGGAAAAGCAGUUUGCCGAGUGCAUAUCCGCUGGAGAGGCGGUGCUUCGGCACGAACCGGAGGAGACGAUGAUCCGGUACGAGGGUCACAAGGUGCUCUGCAAUUGCUACACAAACGACGAACAGUUUGGCAAAGCUUUGCAGCAGUGCAAGGAGGCCCUGGAUAUUAUGAAGGAUGCCCAGAUCUACUGUGAUCGGGCUGAGGCGUUGCUGGGCACCGAGAUGUACGACGAUGCCAUACACUCCUACCAGGCGGCACUCGACCUGGACGAGAGCAACAAUCGCGCCAAAGAGGGCAUUCAGCGGGCUAAGAAGCUGCAGAAGCAGUCGGAGCGCAGGGAUUACUAUAAGAUAUUAGGCGUUAAGCGCAACGCCAACAAACAAGAGAUCGUGAAGGCGUACAGAAAGGCGGCGCAGAAGUGGCAUCCAGACAACUUCCGGGACGAGGAGAAGAAGGUGGCCGAGAAGAAGUUUAUCGACAUUGCCGCCGCCAAGGAGGUUCUUACAGACCCCGAGAAGCGUCGCCAAUUUGACAACGGCGAGGAUCCUCUGGAUCCCGAGGCUAAUCAGCGCGGCGGCUUCCAAGGCGAGCAUCCGUUCGGACACUUCCAGCAUGGGUCGCCGUUCCAGUUCAAGUUCCAUUUCAAUUAGUCAGCCAGCGCCUCCAGCAGCCAUUUGCUUUGUGAUGUCCUAGCCACGAUCCCAGAUAUCCUUCGACGAUUUUACACUGUUUGUUUUGUUCAUUUAAAUGGCGUGUAAAUAGUAGCAUAAAGCAUAAAAUCCCCUGGUCCGUUGUCAGAAACUACCACACACAAAUCGCAACAACACACACUGAGCACUUACAUUUAAUUAGUUUAUUUAAUAAAAUACAAUAAUUAUAAUGUAGUACAUUUUUCUAAUUAUGUAUAAAAAGAAACAAUAUGCAAAAACAAGCAAUUAAAGACUUGGAAAUUUGAACUGAA